UCGAAUAAAAAUGUUUAUGCUUCAUACUUUUUUACUUUCGACAUUUGUAUCGAUCGACAUUUUUACUCUCGACAUUUUUAUCUUUCGAUAUUUUUAUCUUUCGACGUUUUUAUCUUUCGACAUUUUACUUUCGACGUUUUUUUUUCGACAUUUUUACCUUUCGACAUUAGUAGGGUAAAUCCUUUUUCCGGACUUGCGACCGGCACAGAGAUCACUGGAUUGUGGUCCCCAUGGUGGAGUUUUUGUAUUUUAUAUUGUAAACAAAAACAAAAAUAAAAAUAAUAAAAGAUAUAAGUGACUUGUCAAUCUAGUUGAAUUAAAUGAUAGUGUUGAAAUUGAAAUUGGAUCGAAAGAAUAAUUAAGAUUUCAUUAGAAAAAAGCAUAAGUUUGAUGAUAGAUUUGUUAAAUGAAAUAAUAUAUUUCUACAGGUAUGAAAUUCAAUUAGAAUAUUUUCAUUAUGACAUAAACUGAAACAAAAUAGAGAUUGAGAUUCUAAUAGAAUUUUAUUAUUCAUAAGAACCAUAUCUAUAUGUAAAGAAUCAUUGAUAAUUAUUCGAAGUUGAAAUUUAUUUAUGAUUAAAUUUUGAACAUAAUUUAAAUCAAUUUGAUGAAUACAAUAAAUAAAACGAUUAUUUUUAUCUUUAUCUUCUGCUUGAAUUUGUAUUUGAAAAAUUUAAUUGGAUUGUCAUUAAAAUUGAUGAAAUAAAUAUUAUUGAAACUUAUAUAUAAUGUUCAAUUAGAUCUUGAGAGCAAUCACAAUCAAUUUAUAAGAUAAUUUAUAGUUUUAAAAAUGAUUUAUUGAGUUUUGUUUAUUUAUUUCAGAAUUUAGGUAUGAUGACUGGCAAAGACAAAGAUAUAUCCAUAUUUAUCUACUGAUCCACACCUACACACACCCAGACUAGCUUUGGUGAAUAAUGUUCAACAUACAAUGCAUAGUUACUUCAUUGUGUUACAUGAAAUCAUAAUAUUACUAAUCGAAAGCGAUUAAGAGUGGCAUUGAAUCCUACAGUGAAUGGGGCAGAGAAAAAUAUGGUGUGGGGUGUGAAUAUGAGUGUUAGUCUCCUAUCUUGCCACACCCAUACCCUCGGACAUAGUUUAAACAAAACUUUAUGUCAAAGUUAUAACUUCGGCACGAUAUAUAUAUGUCGAAAUUAUUCCAGUAUCAAUUUGUUGCAAGAUAAACAAAGAAUUUGAUCGUUCCUCGUGAAUUUGUUUCCGAUUCCAAAGUUUUUUACUGUAAGAGUCGGAAUCGUCCAUCUCUAAUCUAACCAUUACAUUUCCAACCGAAAAGGUUUCUAACACCUCAAAUAAUUCCCUAAUGAGAAAAUUUAAAUUUCACUGGUUUACAACCUAUUGAUCUACAAGUUUAAAGUGCUUAUACAUGAAAAUAUCUGACGCUAAUUAAAAAUAAACAAUGCAAAUGAGAUAUUUUUCGAAUAAUCAAAGAAAAUAAAUCUAUAUCGAAUAAAAUGUAUCAUAAAGAUAUUAUUAAUACAAAAAUAUUAGCUUUCUCUUUCAUCCAAAUCUCCUACCUACUAAAUGUUAAUAGGUCGGAAGGAAUCAAUAGAAAACUAUGAUCUGUAAUAGCUGGGUUAGUAGAGUUAGUAGUCCUACCUUGUCUUGUAGGUUGAAAUAAUAUGGGAGGAUAUAAGUUCAGAUGAUGAAUACGACUUUUAUUCAAGGAAAACGUGUCACCCAGAUAACACAAAAUACACAACUGACUGCUGGGGCAGACUUGUUCAUAUAUGAACGAGAGAGAGAGAAAGAGAAAAAAGGAAUAAUAAUAAUAUGAACAUAUAUGUAUAUGUUCAAGAAAUAUCGAACCUCACAUAGGUUACAUAUAGGAGAACGAAAAGAAAAUGAGAAAAGUUAGCGACAACUAUGUAAUAUCUGUUGGCGCUAACAAUGUUCUUAUUUUUUUUUGUCUAGAUGGAAACUAUAUUGAGUUUAGUUCGUUUCCUCGUCCAAGUAAUGGUCCUGAACAAUUACGAUUAGGAACAUCUGAUAAUCCACCAAAUAACAAUAGUAAUCAUGCCAUUGCAUCUGGUCAUUUACCACCUGCUAAGCGUUUGAAAGUUCGGGCUCAAGCUGAUGAGCGUCGGAAGAAUAAAGACCAGAUUGCUGAUAGUGCUUUGACAAUUGCCAAAAAGAAUGUUCCUAAGGCAAUGAAAUACGUACGAAAGAAAUUACCGUACGAAUUUAUGCAACGAAAUGGUGAAGAUGAACAUUUUUAUAAGGUUCAACCAGCAUCAGCGUCCGGUACAAUGGACGCAUCUAUUGUUAAUCAUCGUCGUCCACUUAUAGGUCGUCCAGAUGAAUUCGAAAUUACACGACGUGAAUGGCUCGACGCACAAAAUCAUCGUCGAGCAGCUGUAGUAAGUGAUUCGUUUGAUCGAUCAUCAGCUAUGGAUGUCGAGGGGAUUUCUGAUGAAUCCGAUAUUGAAAUUUUGUAA